AUGAAAACUUCAGCUUCGAUCAACGGUAUUACCGUGGGUGUUACUGAUUGCGCACGUUAUACAAACUAUGAACGAUGGUUUUUAGAUGCACCCGUCAAAGUUAAUGUUAUUCGUCUUUCGUAUAGUUUAAAUAAUGUUGACGAUGUUGAAAAAUGUCAAGGCGUUGUUUUAUCCGGUGGUGAAGAUGUAGAUCCACGUCGAUACAAACGACCAGAUCUUCUUGACCGAUUAGAAUUGGCCGAUAUUGAUGAAAAACGUGAUCAAUUCGAAUGGGAAGUUAUUGCUCUAGCGCUUACACUCAAACUACCAAUGCUAGGCAUUUGUCGUGGUAUGCAAUUAUUUAAUGUUUAUCAAGGUGGCACAUUGAUUUUUGAUAUUCCGACAGUUACAAACAUCAAUGGACAUGCGAAAGUACAAGGUAUAGAUCAACGACAUGACAUUCAUGUUGUAGAAAAUACAUUUCUUAAUCAAAUAACCGGCUGUGUCAAAGGUGCUGUUAAUUCUUCACAUCAUCAAUGUGUUGAAACACUCGGUAAAAAUUUAUUAGUAGCAGCGAGAGCUGAAGAACCAAUUGUUGAAGCAAUGCAAUAUCAAAAUGUAGAUGAAUAUCCAUUUUAUUUAGGAGUACAGUGGCAUCCAGAACGAAUGGUUGAUCAAAGUAGUCCAUUUUCGUAUAAUAUUCGUCAAGCAUUUCUUGAUUAUAUUAUUGAACAUGAUAAAUCAGCGAUAGAAAUGCAUUCAUUGAAGGACAAUGGCAUGGCGGAAAAUUUAAUGAUUAACGAAUAA